GUGUGGAGCGAUAGUGAGUUUACACCUAUGCCAUACCAGUCAGUGAGAGUUUUGCAGUGAAAACGCAUAGAUUAGUAGUAAAUUUUAGGUCUCGUCCGUGGUGUGGUGGCUGCAGGUGAAUAGCGUUAUUAAGUUGCGUUAGCAAAUUAUCACCUCCUGCACUCGUGACGCAGCGAUGCAUGGGUGAAAAAAAAUUCCAUCUCGCCAUGCCUACGUCAGAAUGAUUUUCGAAUCGAUUUUGGCACCGUAACCGCACCCGGCGAAGAAUAAAUUAAGUAGUAAGCAGGACGUGUGUGUGUGUGUGUGCGGAUAGCGCGGGAACCAAGACCAUUUUCGCCUGCCAAAAUGGCGAUCGAAUGUCCCGUCUGCACGCUGUUCCUUCGGUCGGGCAUGACCCUGGCCGAGCAUUUAGACACGCAUCCUAAAGAAAAUGUGAUAAAGGCGUUGGUCAACAUCGUAAAGCACGACGCUUUAGCCUACUAUCCUAACACGCUGGAGGAGGCGGGCGGGGAUGAGGUCGUACCGGUGGAAGGCAGCACGUCCACCAUCAGUACGGCCACCACCAGCAGCACACUCACGCUCCGGACAAGCGAAAGGACAACCUCGCUCGGUAUCUACGACGCGCAACCGGUGUACGUGGACAACGCGAUACUGGCAUCACCGGGCAAUGCGGUGCAAGCGUCGGUGAGUCAACCGUCGCAGUUUGCGGUGGUAAAAGCGAUCGAUGCGCACGGUAUUCCCAGCUUUCACCUUAACAACGUAACGCUGAUCAAGCGCGAACUCGUGCAGCCCGUCGCGGCUGUGUCAGGCUUGUCCGCGCUAACGGCAGGAGCUGCGUCGCAUACCACAGCGUCCGGCGCUACUAUCGGGACGGUGCAAGGUGAGCUGUCUACCAUCGGUCCGGCGUCGGACGAUUACGUCGAACCACCGGGUGGCAGUGAAGCAGGUUCGUCUCGUGCGAUAGGAACCGCUGCUGUGCCGUCCACCACCGUCUAUCCCCGCUACACAAACGAGCUUUAUUCCGGGCCACCGCCACCAUACAGUCGGGCCAUAUCCUCUACGAUUGCUACCAAUACGCAGAUAACACCAGCACAGCAGCAACAACCCACGGUCCAGCUGAAUGUGACACCGAAACCAACCGUCGGUGGUGUCGGUGUCGUCGGCCAACCGUUGCAACUAUUUCCCAAGCUCCAUUCGGAAACAUCCAAUUCCGCUUUUAAACAGUAUCCAACGGUCCAACAGGCCGUGCCCGACCGUACCGUCGACGAGACGGCAGUAACGGUAGCAGCAAACCCACCACUGUCCGCCUCAACACCGAAACCCGUCUACAGUGCGCCUGUGGCAACAACAAUUGCUUCUAAAAUUGUGGCAACAGCGGCCAUCGCCGCUAGCAGCAGCAUCAGUUCCUCCACCACUUUGUCCGAGCAACAAUCAACCAGCGUUCCAGUAACAUUCGUGACGACAACUACAGCCACCACGCCCAAGACCAGCGUUUCGACCCCAUCGAAGGCGAACGUUGUGAAGGUAAUCAGCAACGUCAAGGUGCAAAGUAAGCUUAAGGACAUACAGGAAAUCAUAUUGCAGCUGAAUGCCGGUCAGAUGUCGAUCGUUGGCGACAAGACGACGCUGAUUCCACCCACCACCGAAAGGCGACCAUCCGCGUUUGCGGCUAGCGGUGGAUCCGGCCGGUCCUUGCUAGCGAUAACGCCAACCAAAGCGGAACCCACCACGACGGAGCAGCCACAGCCGACCAAUGCACCCAGCCACAUGGAAGUGAACCAGGACGGUAUGGAGGAGAUAGAGACUUGUGAUUAUGAUCACGAGAUGGAUUAUAGUGAUGGUUGGCAGGACGAUGAUAACUAUACCGGUGAAGACGUACCCGAACAGUGGGUGGAUGCACCGGAGGUCAAGCGUUUUGCUGGCGAUGGUGAAGCGCCGAAUGAAGUACUACCGGCAGCAGAGAGGACGACAGCAUCAACGGCUGCAACUACCGAAUGUUCCAGUACCAACGGCAACAGUACCAGCAGCGCGAUGGUCACCAGCGUUAUCCGGAAGACUCCGCAGCCAGUACCGUGCGCUCCAUCGCCCAUACAGCAGGAACCGAAAUCGCAAAUCAAACGUUUAGUAUUUCGGGUGGCAGGUAACUGCACACCAACCACCGUAACGAUUGCGCCCGCCGGUGCGUCAUCAUCAUCCUCAACGCAAAUAGUUCGCGCCUGGCAAGGCAUUAAGCUGGAAUGCACACCGGAAGGGUCGACCGGUGCGCCCAGCAAUGCUGCACCGACCGAAGAGGAGCUGGGAAAGCCGGCCAGCUGUGCGUCAGCCGCGUUAGCUGGUCGUGAUUAUGCAGCGAAGCAGAAGCAGCAACGCUUCCGGCCACCAAAAAAGCUAGCGAUCAAACCUAAAAGGUCCGCUGCAGAGGGGGGCACCUUUCCCGGCACCCAAUGCCCGACGGUAGAUGGUGGGGAUGGCGCUCAGGAUGAGACGGCGGUGGGUUCGACGUCUUCGACAGCGGCGCUGUCCACCUUGGCGGAGGUGGUAUGCACGAACGCAGCCCAACAGCAGCAAGCGAACGCGAUGGAACCAUUUUCCUCCACCUCGUUCAACGGCAUAACGGCCGUUAUUCAAAAGACUGACAUUAACGGUGGACCCGCUCACGCUUACCCAGACCGUGAGCUGAUUAGCCAGCAACCGUUACUGAUGACUCCCAUCAAGCAAGAAUUUGCCCGCACCACAGAUAGCGCUGCGCCGGCAGACGUUACGCCCAAGCCGUUAAACAAGCCGAACGUGGUGCUCGCUGGCCGUACGUCCUAUACGUUCGUAACGCCCAACACUGGUGCUGCUGCUGCUGCUACUACUUCCAACGCCAACGCCGGCCGAAAGGUGUCGCAUCCUACGGCCGAGAUCGAUGUCGGGGCGUACAACAUUUCGUACGUAAGCGAAACGGGCGAAACGAUCUACCAUCCACUGCCUAAGAAAGCGAACGGCACGAUCGGUACGGCCGAGUUUGCCAGUCGGAAACAGCCCACGAACGAGCAUAAACUAACGCCCGCCGGAAGAAGUCCCGAGGGUGGUGUGAUCCCGCAACACGCCGACCACUUCCGGGCGAUGGAGAAGGAGCAGGCGGAGCUUAAAGAGGAGGAUGGAAACCAUGGUACAGCGUUACAGGGUGAAGGUGGUGAUGAUGAUGCGCUGGAGGACGAUGAUGCGAGAGGCUUGGAUGAUGAUGAGAUGAUAGAGACGGAAGAUGAUCUAAAGGAAGCAUGCGAUGAAAUAGUGCAUGCAGCAGCGGACGGCGAGCAAGAGGAACGGUUGGACAGCGAGGAGGACGAGGAGGAGGAGGAGGAGGAGUAUGAUGAUGUGUUCGAGGUAGAGCCCGUACGCCACCAGCAAGCUCCUCAUCACCAAACACAGUCACCGUCCGGUGAGCAACCGUCCCGUCGCCGGUUGCUAAUGGUGCUGACGAGGAUGAAUCAAGUACCGCGGGAUGCUACCGAUCGAAAUGCAGCCGUAAGCGUAACGGAAGUAGCGGUCGAACCGAUCGGUGCUGAGCUGGACGUAAAAGAUCAUUUGGACCGGCCGGAACAGAAAGCCGCCACCAUCGACAACGAAACAAACUCCGCAGAAGCGCAAAUGCACCAUGAGCCGGAAACGCCGCAUACUACCGGUUUGCCGGCAAGCUUGGUAAUGAAACGUUUUCAUUCCGGUACGAUCACGACGGAUGACGAGAAGGAUAUGCUGGAAGCUGGACCUUCCACGCGCAACAUUGUGCACAUUGGCGUACCAUCACGGCCUAAGAUUCGUGUCACGAACGCCGAACCGUUCCAGACAAACGGACGUUCCAGUUCGGCCAGUAGAAAAUCGGAGCCCGAUGAGCGUAAAAAGGCGGACCCGUUGAAAAGAGCGUGUGAGAAAGAUUUUCUCGAACCGGGCACAUCGUCCUCAUCGUCAUCGUCAUCCUCCUCGUGCCAUCGGUUUGAAACCGGUUCGGUCUAUACGACCGACCACACCGAGGAUAGUAGUGGCGGGUGUUUGAGACAUUGCUUCAACAGUCCGGCCACCGCGGCCGUCGAUGAGCCGAUGCCGGUGUCCUCGUUGCAGGAACCGCCCGUCGGACUAAAGCUGGAAAAAACUGAACCAUCGUACGCUGACGAGCACGAUGAGCAGGACACUACCACCUCCUCGUUUCUGGACCUUAGCACGGUACCGAAAACGAGCCUCGAUGGGCUGAGCACCAACGACACGGCCAGCAACACCAGCAGCAGCAGCACCAGCAGCAACAGCAAUCACAGUGCAGGGCUGGGCAAAGACGGUGGGGAAGGUAGUGGGACGAGCCACGGCGGAACGCGGUCCCUACUGCCCUCGGGUUCAUCGAUGGCGUCCACCAGCAUGGAACGUGCGCCAUCGACCGAGAGUCUCAACAUACGCACCGACGAGAAGAUGCCGGCAAAGGGUGAAAUUUCCGAACAGGAAAGCAACGGCGAUAUGGACGUUACGUCGUGGAACCAUCGGAUGUACGCGGUCGGGGAGAAUGUGCCUAUCUAUCCGAGCUCGUACGAUUUGUCGACCGCACAGGAGUGUUGGAAUCUGAGCAGCCGCAACCAGGGCAUCUUUGCCGUAACGGAUCAUUUUUAUCAUCAGCAGCAGCAGCAGCAGCAACAGCAGCAGCAGCAGCAGCAGCAACAGCAUGGUGGCGGUAACAAUCCACACGGAACGACGGUCAGCAACCAAUACAUGACUUCGCGCGUUGCCUUUCAAUUUUCGUCCUCGUCACAUCAACAACUGCAGCAGCAUGGAGCGGACCAUCUGCCGUUCGGUGGUGGGAUGAUGGCGGGCAAGAUGGAACCGCCCCAGGACGAUGAGGACAGUGACGAGGUGGACGAGGCAGUGGAGGCACGCCGCCUGAAGAACGCUAUCCCAAAAAUGCCGUUCGCCGAUAUGAUGGUCGCACGCCUGCACGAACCACCCGGUGCGUACGAUGAGGUGGUGAGCAGCACGCACCACCUCCCGCAGCAAUCGUGCGAAACGAAGUACGAUGAUCCGGUCGGUACGACGUCGUACUUCGGUGUAAGUUCCGCCCUGCCGCUAAUGCCGACGGAUGACUCCGGUCUGUCCAGCAGGCCCAAACCUUCCGGGAGCGGUGUGGCCCGUACCUUCCGCUGUACGCUCUGCCCGAAAGUGUUUGACACGAUUAAGCAGCGUCGGUUGCAUCAGCAGCGGGAGCAUGCGAGUGAGCUGUUGUCGCUGGCAGCAUCCCAUCCAAAUCAGGAGCAACUGCCGCUGGGUGAGGAUGGCAGUGAGGCGGGCAGGCAGCAACAGCAGCAGCAGCAGCAGCAGAUGUUCAAGAAGCAACCGGUACCGGUUGUAAUGAACUACGAUUGGAUGAAGCAGGAAAUUCAGCGUAAAAGUGAGGCGAUGUUAAAGAGUAGUCGCCUGCUGAUGCCCGGCAGCAGCCACAGCUCCGGUGGUGGUGGCCCGGGGCCGAGCACCGGCGAGAAGAUGCAGCAACCGGAGCAGCUGGUGGUAGCCCAGGUGCAGGUAGCCACCGGCGAUGGGAUGCUGCCAGCAGCAGCGUGUACGAUCGCCGCCGCCCGUAACCGCACCUACGUGUGCAGCACCUGCAACCAGAAGUUCGAUCGGUUCAAUCUGUUCAACGAGCAUUUGCUCGAGCAUCCGGUGGAGUGUUUCGCCUGCGGGCGGCACUUCAAGCAGUGGCGCAACUUCUCGCUACACAUCAAGCGGCAUCUCGGCAUCAAGGAGCAUCAGUGCCGCAGCUGUGGCAAGCAGUUCGUGAUCAAGCAGAAGCUGAUCGAGCAUAUGCGGGUGCACACCGGGCACGCGCCGAUCAAGUGCAAGCUGUGCAAUCGUACAUUCAAACGCUUCUCCAACCUGGCGCAGCAUCGCAAACGGUACCAUCUGAACCGGACGGUCGCGAAGGAGGACUACGUGUGUUCGCUGUGCGGCGAGGUGUUUCACACCCAGGCAAAGAUGGAAUGGCACAAGGAAACGCACGAGAAGAAGCCCAAAUCGUGCCCGUACUGUCGGGAGAAGUUUAUCCACCGGAACAGCUUGACGCGCCACAUACGCCUCUCGCACACGGAUAAGUACGCCAAGCUGGAGAACAAAACGGAACCGUGCAGCAUCUGUCAGCAGCCGUACACGAAGACCAGCAUGCGCCGGCACAUGGAAACGCACACGAAGGAGCGGAUGGCGUACGCGUGCGGCAUCUGCAACAAGCGCUUCACCACGAACUGGAACCUGAAGCAGCACAAAUGGACGCACGCCAAUCCGACGAUGAAACCGUUCCAGUGCACGUACUGUCCGAGUGCGUUCGUGCGCGAGUCGGACUUUGUGACGCACGUCAAUGCGCACCGAUCGAUACGGCCGUACACGUGCAAUCACUGCGGCAGUCAGUUCAUCCGGAAGUACAACUGGAUACGGCACACGCGGGAGCACGAGCUGGAUAAGGGCCAUCGGUGCGAUGUGUGCGGUCGGCAGUUUCACCGGAAGUACUACCUGACGGAGCACAAGCGUAUCCACACCGGGGAGCGACCGUUCGCGUGCAACAUCUGCGGCAAAACGUCCGCCACGAAGACGAACCACAACAAGCACGUCCGGAUUCAUCAUGCCCGCGAUCCGCUCACGGCGGAAGGUUAGGUUGAAGCGAACCGGCCGACAAACCGUGGUUUGAUACACACGCGUAGCAAGUGUGUCUUGCUGGGCCCGGUCCCGGUAGGACGAACGUUUAAGUUUAAGUAAUGCAAUUUCUACAUUUACUUACUUCCUUUUUUGAAUAAUUUUUUAUCCCAUUUUUUUUCCGACCGAAUCAACCUAGUUGACCGGGGGGAAUGCGCAGUAUCGGAUUUUGCCCACGCAUCCGACAAAGCAUCGCGAUUUGUAUAGGAGCUUUUGUUCGUUUUUUUUUUACAUAACUUACAUACUAUUGGGAUUUUGAGCUGCAGUUAUAUAAUUUAUUAUCCACAAACCGUACAAUUUUUCUUUGUAUUAAGUGUAUAACAGAGAGCUAGUUGAAUUGCUUUUCCUUAGCACGAGCAGAUCGUCUUUCUUUUAAUGUAACAAAUUGCAUUACAAACCACAUGAGUGUAGUUCGUUUUACAGCACACUUUCAAUUUGAUAACUCUUUUUUUUUUCGGAAAAAUAUUAAAAUGGCGCGAGACGGCAAAACUACCAAAAAUGAUGUUUUCUGAGUGUUGCAUUCGAGCCACCUGUUGUUCCUUUGUGUCGAACGAUACCGAAUUUCCUUGUAACCCUUUUUCCUGGGCAGCUUUGGCCUGUAGCCGCCCCCCUCUCACGGGAGGUCUUCCAACGCUGACUGACGUUCUUCUUCUUCGAGAGGUCUCGGCCUGCCAAUUUCUGGCAUUCUGUGACGAAGUUUUACCCGUAGUAAAGUAGUCACAGAGCCUCGCGUACGGGGGGGGAGACGGUCUGGAUGGCGAUUUGAACCUCGGCCCCUGCCCGUGUGAAGACCGGUGCCGCUGUCACCUCGACCACCGGACCCCGUCCCGCUCGACUUCUGGUGUGCUUUAAUGUCUCUGUUAUGCGUUGAUAGAUAAUGCAUAAUUCGUCGUGUAGAAGUGUCCCAUCGAUCGUAGCAAUUAAACCGUAUAGUUUGGUAACUUUGUAACUUACCUUGCUCCCAAUUGUGUGUCCCGGCUUUGUAAUAUUUCCUAUCUCCGUAUCCCCGUUAUUAGGCACCCUUUUCUUUGUCGUUGAGAAUACAGUUUGAAAUUUUCUUCUUGAUAUGAAAAGUUGUUUGUUUAUUUUUUUUUUUUCGUUGUUGCAAAAUUGGUGUACAGCUAAGUGAACAGUUUAAUGUGUGAUUUAUAUUGCAGGUAGGAUAUAGCUAGUGUUGGGUCACAAGUAGCUGUUUUUAAUAGAGGAGAGGGCAACUGCUCACUAGCAGGCGGGAGGUGAAUCCUCCCGGUAGCUACGCACUCACUGAGGGCGAAGAGGUCGUAGAGCGGGAUGAUGCUGAAGAGUGCGUAGAGCUACCUCGUGAGGUCGAAGAAUGCGAUUCCGGAUCCGAUUCCGGAUCCAAUUUCAGAUCCGAUUCCGGAUCCUGAGAGUGAGGAGCUACCUUUUUUAAAUCGAAGAACGCGCUCAGAGCCCUCAUAUUAUUGAGGCGAACUGGCUCUCGAGCUCACUACUAGUGUUGGGCCUCUUCGCCCUCAGUGAGUGCGGAGCUUCGGCGAGGCCUCACCUCUCACAUGUUAGUGAGCAGUCACCCUCUCCUCUUCUAAAAAGAGCUACCCAACACUAGAUAUUAACAGCCUGUUAAUCGAGCGUGUUAUGUUUUAUCAUGAUUGACCUUAAUGAAGAAGCGAUAAUAGAGUGUUGGGCUAGCUUUAUUUGUUGCAGAAGAUUUAGUUUGGGGAAGAAUGAUUUAAUCGUUUCGUCUUUAACAUCAGCAUGCCCGUUUUCGGUCUUGGCCUCAUGUCUGGGGACUGAACAUCGGUCUUGGAUGCAUGCCUGUGGACUUGACACAUGCUCAACAGGUAUCGAAGUUGAAGAAUUGAAGCACGAACAUCCGCAAUUUCAAGUUUCAUUACGCAUUGUAAAAGUUCGUUUGGGGCAACAGCGGCAGGACCGGACUUCAAAUCCCAUCUGGACCCGUUGCAAUAAGGCUAGUAAGCCAGAGAAAGGCUCUAGGUAUAGAAAGGCAUUAUAUUUUUAGAAGAUUAAAAUUGUUUUUAACAUAUAAAGCAGGCCAACCUUUUGUUUUGCUCACAUUACCUUCCCUUACCUUACCUGAUUUUUUUUAAAGAACGCUUAACCUCACUAGUGAAUGUCCCAACGGUGUAAAAAAAUUUAAUUGCACUGCACAUUUGUUACACGCAGCAAAAAAAAAGCCAUUAAUAUAAAAUUUUUAACAAAAUAUAAGCAAAAACGGUUGCGGGGGAGGUCAUAUCAUAUCAUUGAUACAGAAACAGGUAUACGUAACUCCUCAAACGAAACAGGCAGGCAUCCUCUCAACGUGUAUGGCUGUAUCGUGCGUCGUAACCAGAGACUAAUCUAGACACCCUCCCCGCAAGUACUCCCAGUAAUGUUUAACGAAUAAUUAACUAUAAGCACUUACA